GUCAAAGGCCACAGUAAUGGAGGCGAUCGAAUAACAACACGGUUUUCUGUUGGAGGACAGGGAAAGAUGAGCCUGUUGUCGCGGACAGGACCGUCCCUGCUGAGACAGAGCAGGAGACACUUCUGGAGCUGGCUCAAUGCAGUUUUCAACAAAGUGGAUCAUGAGAGAAUCAAAACUAUUGGUCCGGACCGAGCUGCAGCAGAGUGGCUGCUGAGAUGUGGGGCCAAAGUGCGGUUUGAAGGUUUCGAACGGUGGCAGCAGGACUACAACGGACUGCCGACUGGACCUCUAGGCAGAUACAAGAUCCAAGCAAUCGAUGCCACGGACUCCUGCAUCAUGUACAGGGGCUUCGACUACCUGGAUGGCCUGAAACACGUGGAAGAGCUGAAGUUGAACAAGUGUAUGUACAUCGAGGACGGCUGCCUGGAGAGGCUGAGCUCAGUGGAGUCCCUGCAGCAGAGCCUGUAUACGAUGGAGCUGGUGUCCUGUGGGAACGUCACCGAUAAGGGCCUCGUAGCCCUGCACAGACUCAGGAACUUGGAGCAUCUGUUUCUCAGUGACCUCCCCGGAGUCAAAGACAAGCAGGUGACCGUGGACCGACUGCAGAGGGCACUCCCACAGCUGAACAUAGAACUGGACCUGGACUGACCGAUACCAUCCUGCUUCAAUUCAGUCCACGGCAGAAACACAAGCUGGGCAGGACUGGGAGGACAAGCUGAACCGGCCCUCAUUAAAGCCGGUCUUAAAGAACCAGUCCACCAGAGAACACACCUCUGACAAGUCCCCUUUGAUGAUUUGUCCUUUAUUUAUUCUGUAAAUGCAUAUUUAGAGAAGGCAGAUUGUAAAAAAUGCUCAGGACUUUCAGGGGCUGCUCAUACCUGCCAUUAAAACCAGUUCUUAGUGAUCAGAUUCAGACAGAGCUGCCUCGAUGUGAAAUAAUACAUUUGUAGCUUCAGACCAACAUUCGUACGUGGACAUGUUUGAUCGUCUGAUCACAACCCUUGAACUGCUCCAAUGCUCAUUAAAACCAGGUCCAGACCACGUCUCUAAAUAUUACACCUGCUGGUUGACUAAAGUCCCCGAACAGCUAUGAAUGAUUUGAAGACGCAGCUUUUAUUGUUGCGUUUUUAAUGUAUUGUUGAGCAAUAUCCUUAAUCUAAACAGACUUUUUGUUGGGAUUUAAUGAGUGAAAGAAUAAUG